UGCAUCAUUGUUUGGAAGCUGCUCUGACUCAGAGAAAAUGGGCCAAAUAGGAGAUUUAACAGAGACAGAAAAAUACUGAAAAAAAUAAUUGACUGGUUUUAAAAAAGAAAAUAGGUGAGAAAAAGGAAGAAAAUUUGCCACAGAGGAGAAGAUUUAAAUUUGGAGCUAGAAGGAAACUGUAAUCCUCCAGUGUCGACACAUUCUGGAGAUAAAAGACCAAGGAAAUUCAAGACUACACCACGGGUUACAGCCAAGCACCGACGCUCUCUUACCUCUGAAUGAUUCUGGACGCCUUCGUUCGCCGGGUGUGCCACCUGCCGGUGCGUCACGACUGCUCCAGCCAAUCCUGACGCAGUGACUUUCCUCGGAGAUCCCACGGCUCUCCUCACGUUUAAUCUGCGGGUCGGUGACUGUGGAAGGCGACCGAGCUCUCGUUAAACCGUGGACCGUUAGACAGUCACAUAUGACCGGAUUGGACUGGCGUCGUUCCGCGGCUGUGCUGCUCCGCACGUGGAUCCAGGACAAGUUUGGACAGGAUUGUCCUGGUCUCAUCAUCUACUUCAGCUGCUCUUCUCCGAAUCGGUAAAUCCUAUGAGUGGUCAUGGUCCGGGCCACGUGUCGUCCUGCAGCCCCAGUCGUCAGCGUGGACGCCAACGGACACUCGGCUGAGAGGUGACUUCCAGACACUUCAGCUUCCAAAACAUUUGAAUAUGCCAGGACAUAACGAUGAGCUCCAACAGCACAGACCCUGGUCUCUACCUGACUUCAGACACCUCACCAACGUUGGCCGGAGUCUAUCCACAGUCCAAUGCUCUUCACCAGGCGGAAAGCGGAGGCGCCCCCUGGUUUGUUUUUCAUGUAAAUACCCUGGAUGACAACUCAUCUUCUGCCAGCCAACUCUUCAACCUCACCUUAGAAUCCCCGGAUGGGAAUGGAACCGCGGACAUCAGUCCCUCAGGUGGCCACCCAGUGUGGCAGGUGGUCAUCAUCGUCCUCCUGACAGGGAUGCUGUCUCUCAUCACCAUCAUUGGCAACAUCCUGGUGGUGGUGUCCUUCAAGGUGAAUCGCCAGCUCAAGACGGUCAUCUCCAUGAACCUGUACACCACCUAUCUGGUGAUGGGAUACUGGGCCAUGGGGAACUGGGCCUGUGACCUAUGGCUGGCUAUAGACUACGUGGCCAGCAAUGCUUCAGUUAUGAACCUGCUGGUCAUCAGCUUUGACCGCUACUUUUCAGUCACCAGGCCUUUGACGUACAGGGCCAAACGGACCACAAAGCGAGCCGCGAUCAUGAUCGGCCUGGCCUGGGUUGUUUCUCUCGUGCUGUGGGCCCCUGCCAUCCUACUGUGGCAGUAUCUGGAGGGGAAGAGGACGGUGCCCUCCCAUAUGUGCUACAUACAGUUUCUGUCUGAGCCAACAAUCACUUUCUGCACAGCCAUGGCAGCUUUCUAUCUCCCUGUGACAAUAAUGAGCGUCCUCUACUGGCGCAUUUACAAGGAGACGCAGAAUCGUUCUAAAGAGUUGGCCGGGCUGCAGGGUUCGGGGGUCCGCGGUGCCACCGGAAGCAAAGGUGGGAGUCGUGGUGGUAAAAGGACCCAGUUACUCCACCAGAAGGGAAGUUCCCGAAGUUGCAGCAGCUAUGAGCUCACCAGGUUGUCCAAGGGGAAGCGUGCGUGUGGCGAGCUGGUCAGUGGCUUACGCUGCUGGCCUGGGAUGCGAUCCUGGCGACCAGGGAGCACUCGUCGAGGUGAGGGGGAUCCGGAUCAGAGUAGCAGUGACAGCUGGAACAACAACGAUGCUGCAGUGUCACUGGACCACUCUGCGUCUUCUGACGACGAAGACUGCGGCGGCAGAGAGAUGAUUCCACAGAGUCAUGCCAUUUUCUCCAUUGUUCUCAGCCUGCCGGGAAUCAAAGCUGCUGUCAACUCCCAGCUCACCUCCUGCGAGGAUCUGGAUGCAGCCUCUGAGGAGGAUGCCCUUCAAGGGUCUGAGUAUAACAGAGACAGUCUUACAAGAGAGACGGCGAACACCACCACCAUGACGACUUCUGACGAAGCCAACAGCCAACCAACCAACGCCAAAUGUCCGUCUGCUUCGAUCUCCUUCAAAGAAGCAGCUAUCGCCAAGCGCUUCGCCGCCCGGGCUCGGAAUCAGAUCACCAAGAGGAAGCGCAUGUCUUUAGUGAAGGAGAAGAAGGCGGCGCAGACUCUCAGUGCCAUCCUCUUCGCUUUCAUCAUCACGUGGACACCUUACAACAUCAUGGUGCUGAUCAAUGCCUUCUGCAAAGGUUGCAUCCCAGAAACCCUGUGGGCAGUUGGGUACUGGCUAUGCUACGUCAACAGCACGGUCAACCCCAUGUGCUACGCCUUGUGCAACAAGACUUUCCGUACGACCUUUAAGAUGAUACUGCUGUGCCGCUGGGACCAGAAGAAAAGAAGGAAGCAGCAGUUUGAGGAGAGGCACUCCGUGAUCUUCCACAGGAGAAUCCCCAGGGAGUCUACGUAAAGUUCAGGAUGCGGAAUCGUCCGUGGCAGAGAAUCAGAAGUUACAAGAGAAAGGAAAGAAGCAUCCAUGAAGUGUUUUCUACGUGGGAUUGGUUCACUUUACGAUCCUGACGUGCUUCUCUGCUGGUACGUUGGUCCCAGCAGUCAAACCUGAUGAGACUCGGACAUCUGUGUGUGUCAGUUCAUCGGUGUUUCCCAGCUGUUGUGGAUGUGGAUGUGAUGUGUGGGGCGCAGUGUCAGAUGAGGUCCAGAGAUGUAGCUAGACUGUCCGUAGUUGAAGAACUGUUUUAUAUCAGUACAGCCGAGCUGGGACGUGGAACCGAUUGAAUGAAAAGGGCUUUUAAAUGUAUUGCAAGAGAUUUAGGGAGAUGAAGUUGACACAAAGAGAGAGAGAAUCUUUGUGAUAGGAUGUAGGAGAUCACAUUUUGUAUCACUUCUUUCUGUGGGUAACCUAAACUUGUAAUGUGGUUUUGCAUUUUAAACAAAGCUGUGUAUUUGUUACAUGUCAGUGAAAACCACAACAAAUUGACAUUGUAUUCACGGGCUUCUACGUCAGUGCUUCUUUGACCCGCCUGGAUGUUUGAACCAGAACAUCUGUGAAAGGACUUUAUACAUGAAUAUAGCCUCUUGUCUUAUGAAGUAAAAAUCUUUACUUGUGUCCUAAAAGAAAAUGUUAUUUUUGUGAUAUUCAUUUAAGUUUUUCUAGAUAUUCCUAAAACUUUGAGCCAGUCUAAAAAAAAAUAGAUUCUUUUAUGGAACUGAGUCGUGAAUAUUCUGUGUGGCACCACAGUCAGUGAGCUGCUGUUGUGUUCAAUGUGAUCGUUGUGGUUUCUAUGGUGGAAACAAUGAGUCAAUUGGUUGUAUUUUAUGUAUGAGUAUUGAUUAUACCAUGAUGGUGAUCUGUGUACAUUUGGAUAACGAUUGGUUGACACACAAAAAAAUGCAUAUGUGUUUUAAAACUCUUUUAAGCUUUGUUUUAUUUCUAUCCAGAUCUACCCAACACAGGUAGAACAAUGGCGGCCUCUAGUGGCGUAAAAAAGAAAGUCAAUCAGUCGUUUUAACAUCAACCGCUCAAAUGAAGGUCUACUGUUUAGAUCAGAUGUUUAUUUUAUUAUUUAGAUCGUUAAUUAUUAUAAUGACUGUGAACUGAAUACAGAAUUUAAUUUCUCACUUGACAUAUAAAUUAAAAUCGAAUAUUCAAAAUCGAACUUACCCUCACCAUUAAUGGUAUUGGUUGGAUUUGUUUUUAUUAUAAAUGAAAUGUUUCCCAUAAUUGCUCUCACAGCAUUAAUUUGUAAAUAGAAUCAAAUCCUGUUUGUGUCUCUUUAUAUUUUGUAAACGCAAAUGAAAAACCAUAAGAGUAAACACUGGUUCCCUCUAACACUCAACAAAGAGACACCAAAUGAGACUGAGACGAGAGGAUUUCAUUAUUUUAAAAAUGCACAUUAUGUUGUCAAUGUUUUUUAUUAUUGUUGUUGUUGUUGUUGUUAUUAUUAUUAUUAUUAUUUUUCCUGCCAAACACACUUUCCAUAGACUGAUAUGCAAAAUGGAUACAGCAAUCAGAUUCUAAACAAAGUGAAGCUGACGUGUACAGAAGUACUCCACUGGUUUCAAAUAGAUAUUAUUGAAUAUUCAAAGCUACUUCAUUGUGCUUAUUAAAAUCAGUUGACAUAUUAAUUAUGUCGGGCAGCAUGAAGCACUUUUGUGGACUUGCAAUCAUACUGAUUUACAAUGCUGGAGAAACUAGCAGAGCACUUCUGGUCCAUUUCUGGUCCACGCUUCAACCUUGUUGGAAACCUUUGGUUAACUUUUAUUUCGCAUAUUUAAAAAAAACAUUACAGUCUAUGACUCUUCCAGAGAAAUGUGCAGAGGGAAUAUGUGGAAUGAAAGAUAGAAUUUACUUUAAAAAAAACAAACCCCAGCAGAUUAGAUUUGAUGAUACUGGAUACACUGGUCAUGAAUGAUAAAAAAAGAGGAAGGAAAGAAAGAUAUCCAGCGUGUGGGUGCGACAUCUGCUUUUUUACACAAUGUGCUCCCAAGUGUCUCAAUGCACUUUUCGUCAAAGUAUGAGAUUUUGUAUUUAAAUAUUAGAAAUCUAUUGGAUAUGUGAACUAGGGAAAUGGUCAACACAAACAUUUUGUUACAUUUUAAGUAUGCUGACCAUAUUCAUAUUUUAAAUCAAUAAAAAUCUAAAAAUGA